AUGGGCAUAAAAUACGACAUAUCAGUAAGGACAAUGCAAGAUGAGUUAACUCAGUUUGAAAGAAAGAAGGUUUGGGAGCUUAUUCCAAGACCUCAUCAUAAAACUGUUAUUGGAACCAAAUGGGUCUACAGAAACAAAAUGGAUGAAAGGGGAGUUGUGACCAGAAACAAGGCUAGACUGGUUGCUCUUGGAUACAGACAAGAAUAUGGUAUUGAUUAUGAUGAAACCUUUGCUCCUGUGGCAAGAUUGGAAGCCAUCAGAAUGUUCCUGGCUUACUCUGCUCACAAAGGCUUCAAGGUUUAUCAAAUGGAUGUGAAGAGUACUUUUCUGAAGAAGAAGUCUAUGUUGAACAACCUCCAGGUUUAG